CCCGUCUCCCCCAGCUUCCAGUCCACCAGAGAGUUGUCACCUCAGCACUUUGGACCUGCUCUCCUCACCCUUCCUUCCCUCCUCCCUCCUCCUCCCAGUACUACCUGUCCCCUCGACGGCGAGACAGACUCAAUUGCGAUUCGCGGCUGGGUCUGCGUUCUCAAUUGCACUACUACGUACGUACGUCCCACCACCUUUGCUCCCCUCAACCAACCAAAUUUCUUUCUUUUCUUUUCGUCGCCCUCGCCUUGGCCGGCCUUAUCAUCAUCAUCAGCGGUGCCCUCAUGGAUUCAUAUCCAUGAUUCAUCGUCUGCCCAUUCCAUGUCCGCUGGCUGGCGCGCUUGCUCCAUUGCUUGCUCGCGCGCCCAGCCUGGCCCGAGCUCCCCCGGUUGUAUUGCCAACAGCUCUGCCCUGCUCUGGUGGAAAGCGGCCCGUGCCCGUGGUCAACAAAUCACCACAACCAAAUUACCACAACAAUCGCGUCUGCUGGCCGGCCUUGGCUAACCUUCAUCCAGAACAGCUAAUUCCUGUACCCUCCCACCUCCGUCCGCUGCGGAACCUAAAAAAGCAAGACUCCCCGUCGCUGCUUUCCAACUCCCUCCCAUCUUCAUCCGACCGGUUGUUGUUCUCAAUUCCUGCGCCCCAUCUUCACAAUGGCUGAGAACACGGGAGCUAUCCCGCCUAACCACCUAGGCACUAACGUGCCGAGCGGACAGCUCAAUGAAAAGGAGUACACCGACGAGAAGAAGGUCCUGCCUCCCAAGGCUGGUAUGGAUGAGCCGGAAGAGGAAGAUGAGGACAUUGACGCUCUGAUCGAGGAUCUUGAGUCCAAUGAUCCUGCCAUGGACUAUGAAGAAGAGGAGGGUGCCCCCGCUGCUGGUACCGCUCGCGUCGUCCCCGAGGAGCUCCUCCAGACCGACAAUCGCAUUGGUCUCACCAACUCGGAGGUCCUCUCCCGCCGCAAGAAGUUUGGUCUCAACCAGAUGAAGGAGGAUAAGGAGAACCUCGUCCUCAAGUUCCUCAUGUUCUUCGUUGGUCCCAUUCAAUUCGUCAUGGAGGCUGCCGCCAUCUUGGCUGCCGGUCUUCAGGAUUGGGUUGAUUUCGGUGUCAUUUGCGGUCUCCUCUUGCUCAACGCCUGUGUUGGUUUCAUCCAAGAAUUCCAGGCCGGUUCCAUUGUUGCCGAACUCAAGAAGACUCUCGCUCUCAAGGCCACCGUUCUCCGUGAAGGCACCCUCGUCGAGGUUGAAGCCCCCGAAGUCGUUCCUGGUGACAUCCUUCAGGUCGAAGAAGGUACCAUCAUUCCCGCCGACGGCCGCAUUAUUACCGAAGAUGCAUUCCUACAGGUCGACCAGUCUUCCAUCACCGGCGAGUCCCUCGCUGUCGAUAAGCACAAGGGUGACCAGGUUUUCCAAUCCUCCGCCGUCAAGCGUGGUGAGGCCUUCGUUGUCAUCACCGCCACCGGUGACUCUACCUUCGUCGGUCGCGCCGCCUCUUUGGUCGCCAGCGCAUCUGGCGGAACUGGUCACUUCACUGAGGUUCUCAAUGGUAUAGGUACGGUUUUGCUCAUCUUGGUCGUCCUCACUCUUUUGGUCGUCUGGGUCAGCUCCUUCUACCGUUCCAACGGUAUCGUUCACAUUCUCGAAUUCACUCUUGCCAUCACCAUCAUUGGUGUCCCCGUCGGUCUUCCCGCUGUCGUCACUACCACCAUGGCUGUCGGCGCUGCCUAUCUCGCCAAGAAGCAGGCUAUCGUUCAGAAGCUUUCCGCUAUCGAGUCUCUAGCUGGUGUUGAGAUCCUGUGCUCUGACAAGACUGGUACCCUCACCAAGAACAAGCUUUCCCUCGCUGAGCCCUACACCGUAGCUGGCGUUGAACCUGAAGAUCUCAUGCUCACCGCCUGUUUGGCUGCCUCCCGAAAGAAGAAGGGUAUCGAUGCCAUUGACAAGGCAUUCCUGAAGUCACUGAAAUUCUAUCCGAGAGCCAGUAUGUUUCCAUCGGUCCUGUCCAAGUACAAGGUCAUAGAUUUCCACCCCUUUGACCCCGUCUCCAAGAAGGUCCAGGCAGUAGUCGAAUCACCCCAAGGCGAGCGCAUCAUCUGUGUCAAGGGAGCCCCUCUCUUCGUUCUCAAGACUGUCGAAGAAGAUCACCCCAUUCCCGAGGCUGUUGACGAGGCCUAUAAGAACAAGGUCGCUGAGUUCGCUACCCGUGGUUUCCGCUCUCUCGGUGUCGCUCGCAAGCGUGGUAACAACGCCUGGGAGAUCCUCGGUAUCAUGCCCUGCUCCGACCCCCCUCGUCACGAUACUGGCCGCACUGUCAACGAGGCUAGAACUCUUGGUCUGUCUGUCAAGAUGUUGACUGGUGAUGCCGUCGGUAUCGCUCGUGAGACUUCCCGUCAGCUCGGUCUUGGUACCAACAUCUACGAUGCCGAGCGUCUUGGUCUCGGUGGCGGUGGUGACAUGCCUGGAUCUGAGGUCUACGAUUUCGUCGAGGCUGCUGAUGGUUUCGCUGAGGUUUUCCCCCAACACAAGUACAACGUCGUCGAGAUUCUCCAACAGCGUGGUUACCUCGUUGCCAUGACUGGUGACGGUGUCAACGAUGCCCCCUCCCUGAAGAAGGCUGAUACUGGUAUUGCUGUUGAGGGUGCCUCUGACGCUGCCCGAUCUGCUGCUGAUAUCGUUUUCCUCGCCCCUGGUCUCUCUGCCAUCAUCGACGCUCUCAAGACUUCUCGCCAGAUUUUCCACCGCAUGUACGCCUACGUUGUCUACCGUAUCGCCUUGUCCAUCCAUCUUGAAAUCUUCUUGGGUCUCUGGAUCGCCAUCUUGAACGAGUCUCUCAACCUCCAGCUCGUGGUCUUCAUUGCCAUUUUCGCCGAUAUUGCCACUCUUGCCAUCGCCUACGAUAACGCUCCUUUCAGCAAGACGCCUGUCAAGUGGAACCUGCCUAAGCUCUGGGGUAUGUCCGUCUUGCUCGGUGUUAUCUUGGCUGUCGGUACCUGGAUCACACUCACUACCAUGUUCCCCUACCAGAACCUUCCCAACCCCGCUGGUCAAGGCAUCAGUGGUGGUAUCGUCCAGAACUUUGGUGUCCGUGAUGAAGUUCUCUUCCUUGAGAUCUCUCUUACUGAGAAUUGGCUCAUCUUCAUCACCCGUGCCAACGGUCCUUUCUGGUCUUCCCUUCCUUCGUGGCAGCUCAGCGGUGCUAUCCUCGUCGUUGAUAUCCUCGCCACUCUCUUCUGUAUCUUUGGUUGGUUCGUUGGUGGCCAGACCAGCAUCGUCGCUGUUGUCCGUAUCUGGGUCUUCUCUUUCGGUGUCUUCUGUGUCAUGGGCGGUGUCUACUAUCUUCUCCAGGGUAGCCAAGGCUUCGACAACCUCAUGCACGGCAAGUCUCCCAAGAAGGACCAGAAGCAACGUUCACUUGAAGACUUUGUUGUCUCAUUGCAACGUGUGUCGACUCAGCACGAGAAGAGCGCUUAAGCCUCUGCUAUCUACCCC